UGAGUGCUGUGUUCCCUUCUAAAUAAAUGCCUUUUUAUUCUAUUUUUUGGAGUGUGAUUUUCUGCAGUUGCUAGAUGAAAGUCCAAGAUGUGCAAUGAGUGUGUGAAGGAGGAGAGUCCAGAUCGUGGAAGAAUAUGCUUGGAGAUUGGAAGCUAUCUCCUGAACUUUCGUGCUUGUGCAAACUGUGAACAUAAAGGAGAACUUGUUAUAGUUGACAGAGAAGUCAUUCAAGAAGGAGACACUGAAGUGAUUGUCUAUGAUCAUCAGUGUGGGGAAUGUGGACAUGUGGUUGCAAAACAUCAUUACACCUUCAACGUAAUGGAGGAAUACCAGGAGUAUGAAAUGGAAUGUGUGUUGUGUGGUAUUGCAGAGGACUCCAUCAGUAUCACUCCUAUUGAUCCUCGAACUGAUGAACAUGGAACAAAAGUCCAGAAGGCUGCUGUCAAGGCUGGUCUUCCCUUGAACCAGUUUUCAGAUAUUGCUUAUGGCAAGUUCCUCAAGAUGUUUCAGUUGUUUGACAUAGGAUACACUGAACUAGUUAGGACUAGCAAUUCAUGCCACCAUAAUGCUGUUGCCCACUUUUGGAUGACCCUCAUGUCUUCAGGGCUGAUUCGCAAGGGCACCUAUACUGGAUGGUAUUCUGAAAUAGAUGAAUGCUUUGUGCCUGAGAGUCAGAUUGAUCAUAAAAAGGAUCUAGCUGGGAACAUUCAGACUGUAUCAAAAGAAUAUGGAAACCCAGUAGUGUGGUGUGAAGAAGAAAACUACAUCUUCAAUCUUUCACAUUUUCAUGAACCCCUAAAAAAAUGGCUUUCCACUGUGGAAAUUUACCCCCAGCAGUUCCAUGACCAAGUUGCAGAUAUGCUAGAGGGACCAUUGGGUGAUUUGUCCAUUUCCCGUCCUACUGAACGCUUGAUGUGGGCUAUCCCAGUACCAGGAGAUCCAUCACAGACUAUCUAUGUGUGGCUUGAUGCUCUUGUCAAUUAUCUGACUGCCUCUGGCUAUCCUGAACCUUUAGGAUGGUGGCCUCCCAUUCAUAUAAUUGGAAAAGACAUCCUGAAAUUCCAUGCCAUCUAUUGGCCAGCAUUUCUCCUGGCUGCAGGUAUUCAACCUCCCAAGACUAUCAUCUGCCACUCUCAUUGGCUUGUGGAUGAUAGAAAAAUGUCAAAAUCUUAUGGAAAUGUUGUAAAACCAGGGGAGUUAUUGGAUAAAUUUACUUCAGAUGGUUGGAGAUAUUUUCUCUUACGGGAAGGAGUGCUUUCAUCAGACAGCAAUUACAAUGCAGAAAAAUUGGCCAGGAUGCUGAAUGCCGAACUGGCUGAUAACUUGGGAAAUCUUUUGCGGCGUUGCACAUCUCACCUGAUUAACCCUGCUCAAAUAUUCCCAUACUUUGAUGUUAAGAAUGUGAAGGGAAUAGGAGAAAUCGGAGAAAGUCUCAUACAAAGAACACUGGAGCUCCCAGAAGCUGUAAUCAGUCAUUAUCAAAGCUUCCACUUUUACAAGGGACUUGACUGUAUCCAGACAGUGUUAAGACACUGUAAUCAGUUCUUUCAGGCCUCCCGCCCAUGGGACCUGGCCAAAGAGAAUCAAGACCUCCAUCUUUAUCAAGUCCUAUAUAUCACUAUGGAGGUGCUUCGAGUUUGUGGAAUUCUUCUUAUUCCUGUGGUGCCAAACAUUGCCCUGGCCUUACUGAGGAAAUUAGGAGGACAGGGAAAAUACAGCAUUUCACAAGUGCAGCCUUUCUUCCGGGAACCAUCUCAUCAAAAAGCUGUGGAUAUAUCUAUGGGAGAGCUCAUUGCCAAAGGCAGCCAUGUAGUUCUGCAGAGGGAGGACUACUUUCAAGUGUACAAGAUUUCAGACAGGCUUAUAUCUCUGGGAAGAGAAAAGGUACAACUGAAUUGUGUAGUUGGACACCCAUAUGGUACAACAUUCAAGCUUGUUCGGCCCGAAGGAGAUACUAAGUGCUUUAUGCUGGAACCAACCUCUUCAGCAGAAUUUUCCUUCUCCCCAUCAUUGAAAAAAAACAGUAAUGAGCAAGACAAUCGACACAUUUUGGACCGUUCAGACAGUCAACGACUCACAAGAGAAGAAAUUGAGAAGUUGAAAAGUCAAGGUGUUCUGGGAUCAGAGAUGGUUAACAUACUGGUGGAAAAUAGUGAGUCUUUUGCAAGAAAGACAGAGUUUUCCCAAGAGAAGUACAUGAAAAAGAAAGGGAAAAAGUACCAUGGGUUUGUCACUCUUCAUCGUCCAACUAUCCGUCUUUUGGCCAAUGUCUACUACUCUCAUGACCCUCUCAAAAUUCUGGUUGUGCCAAUGCACUGGCAACCACCUGUAUUGGCCACCUGUUUGGCACCCACCAGUUCUGAUCAGUCUGCCAUCAGUAGGAAUUUUCGUGUGGACACUCUUGCCCAAUGCAUGUCCUUGGGUAAUGUCCAGUCUGGAGGUACAUAUAUGCUCUAUGAGACUGGAACAAAUGGUCUCCUAUUGGCUGCUAUUCUUCAUGCCCUUGGAGGUUCUGGUCAUGUCAUCCAGCUUCACCAAGGAGACAUCCAGAGGGAGGCAGUGAAGGCAAUGGAUCUCAAUGAAAAAGACCUACAGUGCCUCCAUCAGGUCCAUUUCAAGUCUCUUCGAAGGAUAGAGGAUGAUGCAAGCCCCAUGGAUGAUGAAGCAGAAUCUGCUGACGCUGAGGUAGCAUUUGCCAAGAAGAGAGCUGAGGAAAAUCUCAUCAAGACAUUUUUGAAAGCAGGUGUGGAUGGAUUGUUCCUGGUCACACGCCAUCAACCAUGUCCUAUCCUCAUUUCUCUUUUGCAUUACCUGAAGCCCUCUCGCCCUUUUGUUAUCUUCUCUCAGUAUGAAGAGGUCAGUUUACCAUGGCAGGAACUGUAUUCCAUCUGUUGUCUGAGAAGGCAGCCUGAAAGACUGAUGGUGGAGGAAUUCAUUUCUGGCCAGUACUGCAUAGUCCCAAGCAAAAAGAACUUACGGUUUGACCCCUCUUUCUCUCCCUUCCCUUGCCAACUCUAUCUCCAUUUUCUUCGGAGGAUGGCAGGGAAGCGAGUGCAUUCAUCCUCUUCCUCCUCUGACUCUGACAAUGAGCAUUCUUCCAAACAAAUAUGCCAGCAAGAUGAGGGAAGUUCAGAUGUGGAUAUCAUUUAUGAAAAAAUAGGAAACUCUUCAGAUGGAUCGAGAGAAUCAGAGAGCCACCCACAAUCAAGAAAAACAGUGGCAUCCUGGCUCAAAGAAUCUUUGGCCAAGCUCAAAGAAAAGGGAGAGGAUAGAGAUGAAAUAGUAAUCAUGGGUGAAGUGGGACAGGGCCUCUCCCCUAAAGAUGCCAAUAUGAAUGCAUUUGGCCAGACGUCUGGAUCUGAGAGUCUUCACUUGCCUGAAUCUACCUCAAAUACUCCACCACCCAUGCCUCUCAUGGGGGUUGACCUAAGUGCUCACAUUCAAAAGCACUCAGAAUCUCCAAGUACUGAUGUUCAGAAUAGUGAAGCUGCCUUUGAUAAGAUAGCAAAGGUUCAUGGAUCUGCAGUUGCCAAGGAAGUCUUGGAACUGAGGAGGAUGCGAGAGUGGGAGUACACCAACUUUGGAAAGCAAAUAAUCUCCAAUCAGAGCCUGAAUGAAGUACCCCAGGUAUUCACUGUGAUGUCAUACAAUGUGCUUGCACAGGAUCUCCUCUCGGAUCAUAUGCAUUUGUACAAUUCUUGCCCUGAAUCUUGUCUUCCUUGGGAGUUUCGAUGGAAGCGAAUAGUGGAGGACAUCCAAUACCAUUGCCCUGAUAUCAUGUGCUUCCAAGAAGUUCAAGGAAACCAUUACACUCAAGAAUUCCUCCCUACACUGAAAGCACUUGGAUAUGCUGGAAUGUACAAGCAAAGGACCCAUAACAAAGUAGAUGGUUGUGCUAUUUUCUACCUUGAAUCCAAAUUCAAGCUUGUCAACUCAGCAGGUGUGGAGUUCUACCAACCAGAUGUGUAUGCUCUCAACAAAGAUAACGUUGGCCUUAUUGUCUUAUUGAGGUUGAAGAAUUCAGGAUCCAAAUUGAGCACGCCAUUUGCCGUUGCAACCACACACCUCUUGUACAAUCCCUACCGACAUGAUAUCAAGUUGGCCCAGCUCCAGGUUCUGUUUGCAGAAUUAGAUCGAUUGACCUUUCGUGGGAUGGAUGGGAAACGGCCCUCUUUCUUCCCCAUCAUACUCACUGGAGAUAUGAAUUUUCAGCCAUCCAGUCCUUUAUUCAAGUUCAUCACUGAGGGAGAGCUUCAGUUUGAAGGAUGUUCAGCCCAAUCCCUCCUGCCUAGCACAGGUGGUCGCGUGCUCAGUGCUGAGCUCCUCCCACAGAGCCUUGGUAUCACUGAUCAGUGCCAGUACAUUCACAUUGUGAACCAAAGGACUCCCACAAAGCACAUUAUGCAUGAUGUUCCUCAUUUCAAGGCAGGGAAAUUUCCCAUGCCUCAGUAUGGGCCUCCUCCUGGACUAAAUGGUGGGAUGUCUGUGACAUCAGCCAUGAAACCUCAUGUGCCAUCUGCUUCAAGCCUUAGAGAUUCUGAUCCGGCCAUUGUGUAUCAUUCACCACCCAUUCAACCAAGGUUCUUCAGCACUGGGGCACUUCAGCAUGCCCUGGAUCUCACCUCUACUUACAAAUUGUACUUGAAUCGUCUGCCUCGGAGGCCUCCAGCCGUUACUACUUCCCAUGGACGUUGGGUCAUGGUUGACUACAUCUUUUACAGCACACCUUUCGAUCGAAGGUCUGGGAGGAGAAAGGAGGGGAAGCUGCGACUUGUUGGAACAUAUGGACUCCUUUCAGCCUCAGAGUGCCAGAAUCUGGGUACCAUGCCAAAUUUUGCCUCCCCAUCUGAUCACUAUCUACUCUUGACACAGUUCUUCCUUCAUUCCUAGAGGCUAGUCCAGGCAUUUCUUGGAGUUGAUGACAACUAAUGUGCUGCUAGUCAAGGAAUUUGUGUCUUUUUGUAGUUGAUAUUUUCUGUUAGUGUCCCUUUUUAUGUUGGCAUUCUUUAAUCCCCUAAUUCUUCUUUUCAUCUUGAAUACAAUUAUUCCUUUCCCUGUGCAAGUCAUCAAGUUCAUCAUAUAACUUAGGACAUUUGUUAUUUUUUCUCUCAUAAUGGUGAAACAUACUUGCAAACAUAUGUACACUGUUUAAUUCUGUAGGGAUAUGACAUCUCUGACCAUUGUAGGCAAGACUUUCUCUUCUCCUUUCCUCCUGUAGUCUUCAAUGGAAACAUCUCUAUGAGAAGGGUUGGAAAUUUUCCAGUUUAUUUUUUUCUUAUUGAUCGAUACAAGUCUACUUUUAUUUUAUUAAUGUGUUACCAUGAAGUAGCCCAACAGGAGUUUUGUUUCAUGGUGGGUGUGAUUUGAAUAAAGGUUCAAUUCCAGCCAAGGAACUUCAUUUUCAUCCUCUUUCUAUUGCUGACUGAUGUUUCCUUUUUAAAAAAAAUAUAUAUAUCUAAAGAAACACACUCGAAGCAGAUCUGCUUUACUCAAGGAAAUUGAGUUGCAUCCACUAAGAUGCUUAACUCCUCCUGGUUGGCAGAAUGUAGAUAUAAUAAACAAUAGAGAAAUAGUGCAUGCAUUUGUGAUUUUCUUUUUGGUUGCAACUCAGUUUGGCCUGUCGAAGAAAGUGCAUUCCUGAAGGCUGCAAUGGUACAAUGAGGUGACUAAGGAUUAGUGAAAUAGGAAUAGAAAAUAGUGGUGCUAUGUGGUGGCCUAAUUACCUGAUUAGUAACACAACUUGCUUUGAAACGACAUACCGUUUUCUCAUUUUAUGCAUCUUUGUCAAUAAAAGUGCCUUGACAAACAAAGGAACGGUGAAAAGAAAGUAUGAGGUGGCUGC